CUGCUGUAUAGAUUAAACAGUAAAUAUCCUCCCUUCCAGAUCAAGACCACAGUGUUUGGAGUGAGGAAUCUUUAAUACAAUGAAUUAUGUCCAUACCAUCAUCAUGAUGGCUUAUCUUGUUUCUCUGUCUAUUUCUUCCUCAUCAGGAUGGUCAGAAGAGUGCAAUCUACCAAAAGAUGAAGGAGAAAUGGGAGUUAUGCUCGGGUAUCGACUCUACUACAAUCGAACAACAGACCGAUGUCAUCCAUUCGUGUACAAGGGUGCAGGGGGAAAUGAGAACCGCUUUCUAACUGAUAUGGAAUGUAUGAGGCACUGUUCUACCUUAGGAGAAAAGCUCUAUCCUGAUGAUGAAAGAGUUUGCCUGAUAGAAAAGGAUCCAGGAUACUGCAAGGCAUCCUAUACAAUGUGGUACUUUGAUUCCCUGGAAAAGAAAUGCUUCAAGUUCAUAUAUGGAGGGUGUGUAGGAAAUGGAAACAGAUUUCUCACCAGAAGGGAGUGUUAUCAGCGAUGUGCUCCAGAAUCAGCUGAUAAUGGCCUGUUCUGGGAUGAGGAUGAAGAAAUUAACAUUGGACUUAUAGUGGGAAUCAUCGUGGGAUGUGUGUCAAUAAUUGUUUUGCUUGUAACGCUGACCUUGGUCUUCUUGAAGAAAAAGCAGAAAAAGGAGAAGAGGCAUGGAAAAGGAAAAGAAACUCAACAAUUGAAUGUUGAAUUGACCUGAAACAAGCAAUUUUUAUUCAGGCUAACAUAUGUGAAUACACAGCUUUUUCUGAUUUUUAUAAAUGAGUACCAGAUUUUGCUACAGAAAAUAUUUUUGUAUAUUGUGUUUACUAAAAUCUUUGCUGAUCACUCAAAAUAACUGGACAAAGUUAAUAUACAUUAUAUGUUGUUUUUAAAAACAAUUUUUCUAUCUUUUCCUUUGAAAUGCACAUGGAGGUUCAGUUUUCAUCAGUCUUUUAUAUAGUUUAGAACUGCUAGACUUGGAGUCAGAUUUGGGUCAGAAAUCCCAGCCCUACCACUUCAGUCAAAAACAUUUGCUAAUGUUUUGUAUCAAAACAUUUUUUUAAAAAACAUUUAUUAAAUACCUAUUUGUACAUAG